AUGGCGGGGGCGCCGCCCGGCGCGGCUUUUUAUAUGAAGCCACGCCCCGCGCUCGCCACGCCCUUCGCCGCGCGCCAGACACGCCUCCCGCCCGUUGAGCGGCCGAACAGCGCCUGUGCAGGCGGCGUGGGGCGGGGCGUGAGGGAGAGGCGGGAAGAUGGCGCUGGCCUGGGCGGCGGCGGCGGCGCUGAGGGCGGCGGGCGGCGUGAGGAGGCCGCGGUGGGUUCAGGCCCUCCCCCGCCUCUGCAGCACCCAGGAGACCCCCAAGGAGACCCCCAAGGACCCCCAGCCGCCCCCUCCCCCUACCUGGAGCGGCCCUGGGAGUACCUGGAGAGCGAAGAGUACCGGGCCACCUACGGGGACAGGCCGGUGUGGCACGGCUACCGACGCAACCACAAGGGCUCCGUGCCCCCCCAGAGCCCCCGCAAGGCCUGCCUGCGCCGGGGCAGGCCUGUGGGGAACCCCUGCCCCAUCUGCCGGGACCGGAACCUGCUCGUGGAUUUUCGGAAUGUGAAGCUGCUGGACCAGUUCAUCUGCCCCCACUCAGGCGUCAUCUUCCACCCCAUCCACACAGGGAUCUGCAUGAAGCAGCACAAACGCCUCUCCCAGGCCAUCGCCCAGGCCCAGGACCGCGGUCUCCUGUGGCUCCAGGUCCCUUUUGUGCCAGUUCCUGAGGAGGAUUUCUCCAACCAACACGCGGCCGUGGGCAAAACUCCCCCGGCGCCGGCGCUGAGGGAGCCAGGCCAGGCCUGGUACCCCUGGUACGAGUGGCAGCAGCCUCCCGCUGCCGAGGUGGCUCGGAUGCACCGUUUGUACCGGGGAUUCCUCAAGGAGGAUUACCCGGAUACUCCCCAAGCCCGUCGGGGAAAUAAAAAUGUUUAAAAUC